AUGGACGCGGUGCUGCUAGAGCACUUCCCCGGGGGCCUGGACGCCUUCCCGUCUCCUUACUUUGACGAGGAGGACUUCUUCACCGACCAGUCCUCUCGGGACCCGCUGGAGGACGGCGAUGAGCUGCUGGCGGACGAGCAGGCGGAGGUGGAGUUCCUCAGCCACCAGCUGCACGAGUACUGCUACCGCGACGGGGCGUGCCUGCUGCUGCAGCCCGCGCCCUCGGCGGCCCCGCACGCGCUCGCCCCGCCGCCCUCGGGGGGCCCCGGCGAGCCGGAGGACGGCGGCGGCGGCUACUGCUGCGACGCAGGGGCGCCCCCCGGCGGCUUCCCCUACUCGCCCGGCUCGCCGCCCGCGUGCCUGGCCUACCCAUGCGCGGGGGCGGCCGUGCUGUCCCCCGAGGCCCGGCUGCGCGGCCUGAGCGGGGCGGCGGCGGCGGCGGCGGCGGCGGCGGCGGCGCGGCGGCGGCGGCGGGUGCGCUCCGAGGCCGAGCUGCAGCAGCUGCGGCAGGCGGCCAACGUGCGCGAGCGGCGGCGCAUGCAGUCCAUCAACGACGCCUUCGAGGGGCUGCGCUCGCACAUCCCCACGCUGCCCUACGAGAAGCGCCUCUCCAAGGUGGACACGCUGCGCCUGGCCAUCGGCUACAUCAACUUCCUCAGCGAGCUGGUGCAGGCCGACCUGCCGCUGCGCGGCGGCGGCGCGGGCGGCGGCGGGGGGCCGGGAGGCGGCGGGCGCCUGGGCGGGGACAGCCCGGGCAGCCAGACCCAGAAGGUCAUCAUCUGCCAUCGGGGCACCCGGUCCCCCUCCCCCAGCGACCCGGAUUAUGGCCUCCCUCCCCUGGCAGGACACUCCCUCUCAUGGACUGAUGAGAAGCAACUCAAAGAACAAAAUAUUAUCCGAACAGCCAAAGUGUGGACCCCAGAGGACCCCAGAAAACUCACCAGCAAAUCUCCCUUCAACAACAUAGAAAACGAACCGCCUUUUGAGUUUGUGUCCUGA